CUAUCUUUAUUUGGCGUGUGAGAGACACUCAGCGACUGUGUCCGGGCCAGGAGCUCGACAGGACGUGUCCGCUUAACGCUAUUCAUUUCUGAACAGAGAGUAGAUCCCACUUAAAACCUUGGAAUAAACUGCAUUAUCCUCAAUCCAUCCCAACUUUGCUGAAAUACUUUCAACUUGAUCUGCGCUACUAUUGUUUACCGGAUGAGUCCCAGAGAAUUUCGGAUGUACUAAUUGUCGAUAAUCUCGAUGGGGUUGGACACCAGCUGAAAGAGCAUGCCAGCUCACCCAGCGGGGAGUUUGUAGGCGAUGUAGUUACACAGUUCACAUCGGCGCUGAGAACGUGCGGGUAAGUGACAACAUGUGGGGAGCGAUCUGCCAAAAUCUGACAGGUUCAUAACAGCCUCAACUGGAAGUAAUGACCAUGAAGGUGGGCUGUUGUUUAUAAAGGUUUGUACUGCCCCAGCCCCCGCCAAAAAAAAGGUUGGCACGGAUCAAAGUGACUGUCCAACUAAUCUGUAUCCUAUCAGGAUAGUGCUGCUGUACUGAAAUAACACUUCAAGAAGCUGACUGAACAGGAGAGUUAAACACGAAAUGCUUUCUCGCAGUCCAGCAACAGAAUAACUAUCUCCUGCCCCUCAAGUUAACGCCUGCUAUUAAACUCCAAACUCUCGGUUAAAGUGCUGUGUGGAAGAGCUGUACCUCGUGGCCAUCGAUUGGGACCACGUUAACAAUUUAUAAAGCCACAAUGUGAGAUGUAGCUGGCUUUUUGAAGUCUGAUUUGAUUUUGAGGCAGGGAAGCAGUUUGAUUGGUCAGACCGAAGCUCUGCCCUGAGCUAGGACACAUCACACCGUGCGUCUGCAGUCAGAGAGGAACAGAACAGGCGAGUCCGAAACCGACAGACGGCACUAGCAACAGCCAGCGACCAGAAACAUCCCAGUGAGCCGAGCUCCGUGCACACACACACACACACACAUCCCAGGGGCUGAGAGGACUACCCUCAAUAUCUUCCAGCAGCCGCUCAGAAAAACGCCAACCUCAAAAACAAAGUCUAGGACGUUUUCCAACAGCAUUAUUUUAUUUUCCCUUUUCUGAGGACAAUCAAUUCCUACUUUUACUGCGUGUCUCGAGUACUUCCCUUCUGAAAAAGAGGAUGGGCAAAUUUCACACGCUGGUGUUUGUGUGUGUCGGAUGGAGCUGUUUAACCGCGGGCUUUUCGGAUCUGCUGAAGGAUCAUUUCCGCGGACUUAGGAGAAUUCCUGUCUUGGGAGAGAAUUCAGGAGACUCCCUGAAGGGAAGCCCCGGCUCCACAGAAGCAGACCUGAGUCAGGACACGCUGUCGGAGCACAUGCUGCUGCUUUAUGACAAGUAUAACAAAGCAGGCUACCGCUUCAAGGAUGGUAAUACAGUCCGCAGUUACAAAGCUAAGCUGGAGCGGAUUGGAGACAAGCAACUUCAUACUUUUAAUCUGACUUCCCUGUCAAAAUCUGAAGACAUUUUGUCUGCUACCUUACAUUAUUAUAUAGCCGAUCUUGCAAAAAAUACAAGCAAUAUUUGCCCGUCCUCAAAGGGCUGCAGUCGCCAUUUACGCAGAAAACAAAUCAACAUUGAUCUUGCAAUCUGGGUUUUUGCCACUGCUAACAAUAUCACCAGAACUCUGAGUCAUCAUGUGCUAAAUGCAUCCACUUUUUAUCGAGACUUUCUGUCUUGGCAGUGGAAAGACAUCACAAGUGUGAUUAACCAUCUAAAGUCAAAUGAUGACCUUUUGAUUGGAAUUGAGAUCAUGCCUUCUGCUCCAACCUUCUGGAAACAGUUAUUUUCAAAGCAUUCACCUUAUAUCUUGGUGUAUGCAAUUGACUCUGCAAUUUCAGAACUGGACACUGUGGUGAGCACUCUUCAAAGACGCCGGGGAUCGUUUAUUAGCAAAGUGCAGGGUGUAGGAAUCAAUACCGCAAACAGGACAUCUGAAGUAAGAAGGAAACGCUCAGCUAACUUACUCUUGCCCCUGCACAACAAUGAAUUGCCUGGUGCAGAGUACCAGUACAAUGAAGCUACUGCGUGGGAGACAAGAAGACCAUAUAAAAAGCUACAUCCUAGGCCAGCAGACAGGGAGAGAAAGUCAAAACAGAGGAAGGGUAACAGGCAGAAAUCACAGACGCUUCAGUAUGAUGAACAAACAUUGAGGAAAGCAAGACGGAGACAGUGGAAUGAGCCCAGAAACUGUGCUCGCCGUUACCUGAAAGUGGAUUUUGCAGACAUAGGAUGGAGUGAGUGGAUCAUCUCUCCCAAGUCCUUUGAUGCCUAUUAUUGUGCAGGUGCCUGCCAGUUCCCAAUGCUCAAGUCAUUAAGGCCUUCAAACCACGCUACGAUUCAAAGUAUAGUGAGAGCAGUCGGCGUGGUUCCAGGGAUUCCCGAACCAUGCUGCGUACCUGAGAAAAUGUCAUCAUUAAGCAUCCUCUUUGUCGAUGAAAACAAGAAUAUUGUGCUGAAGGUCUACCCAAACAUGAAAGUGGAGUCAUGUGCUUGCAGAUAACCCCACAGGAGUAUGCACAUUAGUUCUGGGUUUGCACUGCUGACAUUUUGUUUUCUGUUUGUUUUCAUUCUGAACAUCAAAAGGAAGUCUUCCAGCAACUGAAAACUGAAGAAAGAUAAUUUAUCAUUUUAUUUACAAACCCAUUCACUUGCAUUUAAAUGCGCAACUCUCUGGACCAAUAACAGAUUAAGGCAGUAGAUCAUUUGUGUCUGGAAUUCAGAAUUCUGAGAUGGAACUGUGUUUAUUGUAAAUUUCUUUUUAAGUGCUUCAAGACUCCUUCAUACAACUUGCCACUGCCCUUCUAAAGAUAUUGUGUUUCAAGGCUGUUUAUGAUGUAUUGGUCCCUUCCUUCAGCUCCAUCUCAUCCACCCAGCCAAUUACAGAUUGCUGUGGGCAAUUUAUUUUAUUCUUUGAAUUUUAUUUCAUUAUCUUUUAAAUAAUUAAGUAAUUCAAAAUGUAAAUCACCUAUACAAAUCAAUGCAAAUGUAUUCAUUGAAAAAUAACAAUUUAUUUGUUAUGUACUACAACAGUAAAGUAAGCCACAUGAUCGGUGCACAAUUUUUAAUUUAAUAUCAGUGAGCAGCAUUAUAAUACAAAAUAUUUGUGAAGAUGUUGUAUGAUUCCAAAAUGUGCACUCCAAGCAGACAGAGUUACAGAAUGUUUGCUAAAUGGCUAAAUACAAAUCUGAUAUAGCUUAAAACAAACCAGGGAGCUCCAGUAACUACCACAGUUGUAAUGAUUCAGAAAUAUCCAUUCCAAUCCCAAAUGGUCAAAUGAAACAGCUCUGCAAGCAGGGUUUUGUUAACUCUAGGAAUCAAGUGAGGGAGCCAAGUUAGUAGAAGAUAAACAGAGAGACUACACCAGUCCUGCCUCCUGAAUUGCCCUACUUAAUACCAAAUCAAUUAACAAUAAGAGAUAUGUUAGAAUAUCACAAAUGCAAUAAUUACUCUCCCAUUAAAUGCUGUUCCAUUCAUUACAAAAUACUUCCCAACAAAGUAUUAAAUUCACUCAGGUCCAAAAUUAGUCCAUUAGAUGCUCCUCAAAUCAAAUCAAAUAAUAUUUAGCUCAUUUUAGCUAUAUUUCUUAACAUAAUCUAGAGUUUUAAUUUUGUUUUAACUAUUUGUCCAUACAAUGUCCUACAAUUUACAUCUUAUUCAGACAAAACACAUUGGUCUAGGCUCUGUAUAUAGAUUAAAAAGGCAACAUCUGUUCUUCAUUAACAAUGCUUCAAAUAUGUUGCUUUGUUUGAGUAAUGUAUUUCUCAGUGGAAAGGAAGUAAUUUAUGAAAUUUCAUACCUAUGUAUGUUCUUAAAGAAUAAAAAACAUCUCUUCAAUUAUUAAAAUGAAAUUGAAGAUGCUUAAAAAUUAUAUGUGGGUUAAAGUUAGCCUCCAGUAUAAUUGAUCAACAUUUGUCCAUCACAUAUGGUGCAAGUCAACAAUGCUGUCAAUAUCUACAGAUUACCCCAGUAAUAAUAUUUACUCUAACCUAUUGUACUUAGAUCACCAGAACUUCCAUUCUCCAUAUGUAAAAAAAACAUUACAAUUCUAAAAAUGGACAAAAUCUGCUUUUCUGUUGCAAACAUUACAAUCAAUAAUAAUACAUAGUUUCUAUCACCUUGUGUUUUUAUUUUUACUGAACUUAAGUUCCGACUUUAUCUUAAACAACUGGCUUAUGCCAUUUGUCUCUUCAAUGUGAUAAUCAACCCAAAUGUGUAAAUGAUUAGGAUUUAAUCAAAAUUAUUGCAUUCCACUUAUCACUCUAAAUAUUUAAUGGAGUAGGAAGAACUUAUCUGGACCUUAUUUGAAACUAAACUUUCUUCUGGCUGAAGAAAUCCAAUUAUCAUGCAUGACAUUAGUCUCCACAGAUAGGGAGGUCUGGAUAAAUCAUUUUGUAUGUAUCUGAAACCAAAUGGAGUCAGAGUUGUGAACAUUGAUGGUUGAGGAUAGUGCCUUACAAUACUAAUAUUUUAAUGAGUGCUCAUAUAGUCCAGUAGAGGUAUUCUUUUGCUCUUUGUCUUUCAAUAGUAUUUUUAUGCUUAUCAUACAGACUGCCUUUUGGUGGUUUAUUCUUAUGUUGUUCCCAAAGGUGAGUUCUAGAUCCAGUAUCAACUGCUUUCUCCACUUUAUAACAGUAAAGAAAACCUUAAUUUCUUUGUAUGUAUAUCCAAUAAGCAAACAUUUUGUUAGAGGAAAUUAUUUUAUAUUCAUUUCAAAGAAGUAAUCACCCAUGUAAUUUUUCAGUAGUUUUUAAAAAUUCAAAUAUAUUUUCGCUAUUUAAGUAGGUACACAUUUGAAUGCAUUAUUAAUUUUAAAGCUUUGUACAUAAUUCUAUCUUAGAUUUGCUGCAAAAGUGGAUGUGUUAUUAAACAGCCAAAAUCAAUUGCCAAUUGAAACACAAGCCAAUUGAAUGAAUGUUUCUCAUUCUAUCUCCAUCAGAGUUGAAUAGUUUAUACUCCAUUAAACUAGUGUAAGUAAAAUUGCAUGCUUUUCUGUCAUAAAUUUUAAAAAUGUAUGUCAUAAUACACUGACAUCUGUGAAGCAGCUUGUCUGUGUAUCUUUCUGUUUUCAAAUGCAAAUGUGCAGCUCAAUUCACAACUAUAAUUCAUUUAUUAAAAACAAUAUUUCCAACAUUAACUUUGACCAUAAGACCACGAUAUUUAAGAAUGGAUUAAAUUAAGUGGCUUUGUAUAGUUUUUAAGUGCAUUUUUAUGUCUAUAAACAUAUAUGACAAUAUAUUUUCAAAUUCGGUGUGUUUUGGUUGGUGUGUUACUUUGAUUUGACUGCAGCAGAGUUUUUUAAAAGUCAAAAUUUCAUUCAUUGUAAAGAGCUUCCUGUAAACAUUUAGUUAAGAUAUAGUAUUGUACAAUAUGUUUUAAAAUAGUACAUAUUUGUAUAUGGUAAGAAACCCUGUUGAAAUGCUUUUUUAAUUUAUUUUAUGUUUGGCUGCAGUUUUUUCCUCCCUUCUUGGAACAGUUUCACUGUUUGGUUGCAGGAAUGUUUAUUAAAUACAAUAAUAAUAUGAGCUUCAGUUUCCUGAAAACCACAAAGUAUCUGAAAUGAAACUGUGAAGGGCACUUGUCACUACUGAUGUCUGAGCUUUCUGGUUUAAUAGUGUUUUAUUGCUUUAAUGGAAACUUUCCUCACUAUCUUUGGAAAUGAAUAAAUUUAGUUAUGUAACUAACAAAAUCACAAUUAUUUCCUUACAAUGUUUUAUCAGAACUAAAUCCUGAUU